AUGCCCGCCCGCACCCCGCCGCCGCCGCUGCUGCUGCUGCUCCUGGCGCUGGGCGCCCCCCGCGUGCGCGCCGAGCCCGGGGACGGGGCCCAGACCUGGACCCGCUUCGCGCGCCCCCCGCCCCCUGAGGCGGCGGGGCGGCUCCCGCGCACCUUCCCCGACGGCUUCCUCUGGGCCGUGGGCAGCGCGGCCUACCAGACAGAGGGCGGCUGGCGGCAGCACGGCAAGGGCGCCUCCAUCUGGGACACGUUCACCCACCGCCCCCCGGCGCCCCUCCACGCGCCCUGGGGGCCCGGCUGGCCGUCGGACGCCCCGUCGACGGCCCCGCCGGCCACCGGGGACGUGGCCAGCGACGGCUACAACAACGUCUACCGCGACACGGAGGGGCUGCGCGAGCUUGGGGUCACCCACUACCGCUUCUCCAUCUCUUGGGCGCGGGUGCUCCCCAACGGCAGCGCGGGCGCCCCCAACCGCGAGGGGCUGCGCUACUACCGGCGCCUGCUGGAGCGGCUGCGGGAGCUGGGCGUGCAGCCCGUGGUCACCCUGUACCACUGGGACCUGCCCCAGAGCCUGCAGGAUGCCUACGGCGGCUGGGCCAGCCGUGCCCUGGCCGACCACUUCAGGGAUUACGCCGAGCUCUGCUUCCGCCACUUCGGCGGGCAGGUCAAGCGCUGGAUCACCAUUGACAACCCCUACGUGGUGGCCUGGCACGGCUAUGCCACUGGGCGCCUGGCCCCCGGCAUCCGGGGCAGCGCGCGACUCGGGUACCUGGUGGCGCACAACCUCCUCCUGGCUCAUGCCAAAGUCUGGCAUCUGUACAAUACUUCAUUCCGUCCAACUCAGGGAGGGCAGGUCUCUAUUGCCCUCAGCUCCCACUGGAUCAAUCCUCGAAGAAUGACUGACCAUAACAUCAAAGAAUGUCAAAAAUCUCUUGACUUUGUACUAGGCUGGUUUGCCAAACCCAUUUUUAUCGAUGGUGAUUAUCCUGAAAGCAUGAAGAAUAAUCUUUCAUCUCUUCUGCCUGAUUUUACGGACACUGAGAAAAACUUCAUCAAGAGAACAGCUGACUUUUUUGCUCUUUCCUUUGGACCCACCUUGAGUUUUCAGCUAUUGGAUCCUUUCAUGAAGUUUCGCCAAAUAGAAUCUCCCAACCUGAGGCAACUCCUUUCCUGGAUUGACCUUGAAUAUAACCACCCUCAAAUAUUUAUUGUGGAGAAUGGAUGGUUUGUUUCAGGGACCACCAAAAGAGAUGAUGCCAAAUAUAUGUAUUACCUCAAAAAGUUCAUAAUGGAAACCUUAAAAGCAAUCAGAGUGGAUGGGGUCAAUGUCAUCGGGUACACAGCAUGGUCUCUCAUGGAUGGCUUCGAGUGGCACAGAGGCUAUAGCAUCAGACGUGGACUCUUCUAUGUUGACUUUCUAAGCCAGGAUAAAAAGUUGUUGCCAAAGUCUUCAGCCUUAUUCUACCAAAAGCUGAUAGAGAAGAAUGGCUUCCCUCCUUUACCUGAAAAUCAACCCUUAGAAGGGACAUUUUCCUGUGACUUUGCUUGGGGAAUUGUUGACAACUACAUUCAAGUCGACACCACCCUGUCUCAGUUUACCGACCAGAACAUUUACCUGUGGGAUGUCCACCACAGCAAGAAGCUCAUCAAGGUGGAUGGGGCCGUGACGAAGAAGAGGAAACCCUACUGUGUGGACUUGGCGGCCAUCCGACCGCAGAUCUCGCGGCUGCGGGACACGCACGUCACGCAUUUCCACUUCUCCCUGGACUGGGCUCUGAUCCUGCCGCUGGGAAACCAGUCACAGGUGAACCGCAGCGUGCUGCACUACUACCGCUGCGUGGCCAGCGAGCUGGUGCGUGCUAACAUCACCCCGGUGGUGUCCCUGUGGAGACCUGCAGCCCUGCACCACGGCUUGCCGCCCGCCCUGGCCAAGCAAGGUGCCUGGGAGAACCCCCACGCUGCCUUGGCCUUUGCCGAGUACGCCCGACUGUGCUUCAGAGACCUCGGGCCCCAUGUGAAGUUCUGGAUCACCAUGAGCGAGCCGUCCACGCGGAACAUGACGUUCAACGCGGGCCACAACCUCCUGAAGGCGCAUGCCUUGGCUUGGCGCUUGUACGAUGAGGAGUUCAGGCCCUCCCAGAAAGGGAAGAUUUCCAUAGCCUUGCAGGCCGAUUGGAUAGAACCUGCCUGCCCGUUCUCUGCGGAGGACAAAGAAGCCGCCGAGAGAGUCCUGGAGUUUGACAUUGGCUGGCUCGCAGAACCCAUUUUCGGCUCUGGAGAUUAUCCACGCGUGAUGAGGGACUGGCUGAACCAGAGAAACAAUUUCCUUCUCCCUUAUUUCACCGAAGAUGAGAAAAAGCUAAUCCGGGGUUCUUUCGACUUUGUGGCCUUGAGCCAUUACACCACCACCCUGGUGGACUGGGAAAAAGAAGAUGCUGUGAAAUACAACGAUUAUCUGGAAAUGCAAGAGAUGACAGACAGUACCUGGCUCAGCUCUCCUGCGCAGGUGGCAGUGGUACCCUGGGGUUUACGCAAAGUCCUGAACUGGCUCAAGUUAAAAUAUGGGGACCUUCCCAUGUACAUAAUAUCCAAUGGCAUUGAUGAUGACCUACAAGCUGACCAAGAUAAACUGAGAAUCUAUUACAUGCAGAAUUAUAUAAAUGAAGCGCUGAAAGCCUACAUAUUGGAUGGCAUCAAUCUUUGUGGCUACUUUGCUUAUUCAUUUAAUGAUCUCACAGCACCAAAGUUUGGGCUCUAUCGUUAUGCUGCCAAUCAAUUUGAGCCCAAACCAUCCAUGAAACAUUACAGGAAAAUAAUUGACAACAAUGGCUUUCCAGGCUCUGAGACGCUGGGAAGAUUUUGUCCCGAAGAAUUCACUCUGUGUGCCGGAUGCAACUUUUUUCAUACCCGAAAAUCUUUGCUGAUUUUCAUAGCUUUUAUAUUUUUUGCUUUUAUUCUUUCUCUUUCUCUUAUAUUUUACUACUCCAAGAAAGGCAGGAGAAGUUACAAAUAG